AUGCAUUUGAUGUACACCAUGCAAGACGGGAAGCGCACCUACACCCUCAAGAAGGUGCUGCAAGGCGAGGUCACCAAGUCGGCACACCCUGCGCGUUUCUCCCCCGACGACAAGUGGUCGAGGCAGCGCGUGACGCUGAAGAAGCGAUUUGGCCUGCUUAUUUUUGUGGAUGACGCGAAGAAGAUCAAGGCGCCGUGA